CAACAAAAAAAGACAUUUUCACUGAACCACUCAUUCAUCGAGUGAUAUCAUACCAACCCCUAGUCAUACCUAAUACAUAUACCUUUCCCCCUCAAACAAGAGUUAUUUAUUUGAAGCGUAUCGCUGAUACUUUGGCCAGUCGUUUAAGAGUAGCUCCGGGAGACAGACUUAUCUGUCAAAUAGCAAUAGUGUUUGUCGAUUAUAACAAUAUAACCAGUAAUUCAAUUUUAGACGACUUGAGUCCACAAAAAUUAAAACAUCAGUUAACAUGAAUAUCAAAUUUGUGUUAAGUUUGGUAGUGUUGGUGGCACUAUUGGUUGGCCAAUCGGAAGCCCAAAACAAGAACCAACGGCGUAACCGAAAUCGUAACAAAAAGACGGAUCAGUGCCAUCUCAAAGAAAUGGAGACUUGUCUUAAUAAAAUGCAAUCAUUAGGCAAAGGAAAAGAUCCGACUUCACUGAUCGCAACAGCAGAAGGUCUCGACAAGAUCUGCAAUACAAUACGUGAGGACACCAUAAAGUGUAUUAAGGCAUACGGUAAGAAAUGUGGUACACCGUUGCACAGGGAAGUAAUGGAUCUGGUGGUCGAUCAGAUUACUGGUCGUCUCAAUGUGUUCUGUAAGGCCGACAAUCCUGACAGAAAAGAUUUCUUGAAGGAGAGCCCAUGUAUUCACCAGAAGGUGUUGAGCACUGAGGAGUACAAGAAGGGCUGUAAUAACAACUUCUUGGCCACUGUUGAUCAGGUGGACGAUGAGAUCACAGGCCAGGCGGAUGAUAGUCACUCUCGUAUGUGUUGCGGUUAUUCCGUUUGGUACGACUGUACUACCAAAAUGAUUAAAGAUAAGUGCGGCGAUCUGGCCAUCAAAAACUACGGCAAGUUUAUGGGCGGAGUGUUCGGCACACUGACCAACAUGGCCUGUCCCGUUGAUCUGUUCCCGGCUGAAUCAGACCAGUGCCAGAAACUGAAACCAGUGCCCGGAACCAAAGCCAAGGGAAAGAUUGGCGACAACGCACUGACCAAAUACGUGACAUCUCUUUUCUCGUUUAUGUUUAUCACUGAUGAGACCGAAGAGAUCAAAGAAGUUACCACCAGAUAAACGAGUGAUCAAAUCCRGACAGUUGUUAUAUCCUAAAUAAAGACCCAAAAAAUUUUGUAUCGAAAAUGAAAAUCCGACAAAAACUUUGAUAAACAACUUUACGACUGUUUUUUCCCCUAAAUCUGUAUAUAACUAUUAUUUUUCAUUUUUUUAUUGAAGCAUUGAAAACACUUUUUGAGAGAAAUUAAUUCAUGGCUUUUAUUGAUUUUUAAUGAAUCAAUUAUUAUUAUUAUUAUUAUUAUUGUUAUUUUUGUAUUUUAAUUAUUGUAUGGAUGGCUGUAUUAUAUAUAAUAUAUAUAAUAUAUAUUUGUAUUAUUAAAUCGCGCGCGCAUUG